UUCCGUUUUUCUUCGAAUAAGAAAUUUUAUUAUUCUAUUCUUUUAUUAUUUCAAGCAUUAUCAAGUUUCUUAAGUAACUUUAUUGGUUUUUUUAAUUUAAAUUUUAUCUUAUUGUUUAUCUUGUUGAUAUGAAGAUUCAUCCUUUGAACAAUAUCGUAUAUAGCGGUAAAAUACAACUGUUUCAGUUUUUAAAUUUGUAUAUUCAAGAUGCCGCGAGAAAUGAUAACGUUGCAGCUUGGACAAUGCGGAAAUCAAAUUGGGUUUGAAUUUUGGAAAAAACUUUGUGCUGAGCAUGGUAUUAAUCCAGAAGGAGUCUUGGAAGAUUUUGCUACUGAAGGUACAGACAGAAAAGAUGUAUUUUUUUAUCAGGCAGAUGAUGAGCAUUAUAUUCCUAGAGCUGUCUUACUGGAUUUGGAGCCCCGGGUAAUCCAUUCUAUUAUGAAUUCUCCAUAUGCAAAGCUUUAUAACCCAGAAAAUAUUUAUCUCUCAGAAGCUGGAGGUGGAGCUGGUAAUAACUGGGCUGUUGGAUUUUCUCAAGGUGAAAAACUGUAUGAGGAAAUUUUCGACAUAAUAGAUCGUGAAGCUGAUGGGAGUGAAAGUUUGGAAGGAUUUGUUUUGUGUCAUUCUAUAGCUGGUGGAACUGGAUCUGGUAUGGGUUCUUAUAUACUGGAGAGGAUCAAUGACAGAUAUCCUAAAAAACUCAUUGAAACUUAUUCAGUCUUCCCCAAUCAAGAUGAAAUCAGCGAUGUAGUUGUUCAACCGUACAACUCUCUCUUAACUUUGAAGAGAUUAACACAGAAUGCUGAUUGUGUGGUGGUCUUGGAUAAUACGGCAUUGAACAGAAUAGCUGUUGACAGACUUCAUAUAUCCAAUCCCAGUUUUGCACAAAUUAAUGCCCUAGUCUCUACUAUUAUGUCUGUCAGUACUGCAACACUGAGGUAUCCUAGUUACAUGAAUAAUGACUUGAUUGGCUUGCUUGCGCCAUUAAUCCCGAUGCCACGUCUGCAUUUCCUGAUGACAGGAUACACACCACUUACAACAGAUCAAGAAGUUGCAAGUGUCCGCAAAACUACAGUUUUGGAUGUGAUGAGGCGUCUAUUGCAACCAAAAAAUAUGAUGGUAUCAACGGCAUAUGAUAGAAACUCCAAUCACUGCUAUAUAAGUAUUUUAAAUAUAAUUCAAGGAGAAGUAGACCCAACACAGAUCCACAAAAGUCUCAUGAGGAUUCGGGAGCGAAAACUAGCCCAGUUCAUUCCUUGGGGACCUGCAAGCAUACAGGUUGCCCUUUCACGCAAGUCACCCUACAUACAAACUGCUCAUCGUGUCAGUGGUCUCAUGUUAGCAAAUCAUACAAGUAUUUCUUCUCUUUUUGAGAGGACUCUGAGGCAAUAUGAUAAACUGCGCAAGAGAGAGGCUUUCCUUGAACAGUUCAGGAAGGAAUCGAUGUUCCAAGAUAAUCUCGAUGAAUUGGAUAAUUCAAGAGAAACAGUUCAACAGUUAGUUGAUGAGUAUAUUGCAGCAACAAAUAAAGACUAUUUGACAUGGGGAAUGUCACAGGCUGAAGGUAAAGUAAUGUAACUUUAAUAGUAAUCUACUGCAAGCUGAUUUUAAAGAAUGAAGUUUUCUUGAUCUCGAUAGAAGUUGUUAUCUUUACUGAUUGUAUUAUUUAUUGUUUCUACUUGCAUACAGUGUGAAGAGCUGUUUCAACUAGCAUAUGAUUUAUAGAAUGUGUAUGUAAAAUAUCCCAUCUGUAAAUAAAGAAAAAUCAAUCUAAAAUUGUUAA